GUCACAUCCAACGUCUUGCGUCGAACGCGGAAGAAGCGACGCAGGCGCCUGGUGGAAAUUGGAAAGGAGUCUCUCCACGUCAAGUAAGGUGUACUAAUAACGACGUCAUAGCCGCUGCUACCUCCCCCCUCCGGUCAACAUCGUCGCUUCCAAGCCUCCGCACCGCCCCUAUGAGCUCAGAGCCGAGGAGGACACGCUGGGAACCCGUUGAAGUGUUUUAGUGAGAUUGUAAAGUCAUACCUGAAAGUCGGAUGGCUGCGAUGAACGCCAGUGUCUUUGAGAGAAGCCGAGGAGCCAACAUCACAGCUGCCUUUUUGACAACUGCAGGACGAGGUUGCAUAAUCCACUGAAGUCUCCGGUGAAACUUUACUAUGGAUCACAGCGAACAUGGAUCCCAACCGAAUGUCAACCAGCAGGUUUCGGUGAAAAAAUUGUGGUAAAAAGUCGCUUCUUACCAGAGAUCAGCUGAGCUUGUGCCGCCCAUAAAGCUGCUGUCGACUUCCCUGAGACACUGGCGUCAAGACACCCGGCAGUGGACACACCCCUCCGACUAUCAGACUGCCCCACCCCGUCAACUUAUCGAUGGGGGAAUCAGGCUCGCGUCGCUCCACGCUUGUUUCUCGCCUACCAAUCUUCCGUCGGAGCAACAGCAAGCGGCAGGAGUCUUUGCCCUCGUCGCCGUCGUCGGGCGGUAACUGUGUUCACACUUCCUCGCCCUCCAGCACCAACUCCAGCUCCGGGAGCACCGGCAAACGUCGGAGCCUCUUUCGCGCGCCCUCACUCAACUUCUCAGCCAAGCGAAACAGCCACCCGCGUGUGCAGCCGGUCAACUUGAACCUCACGCCGCCGCCGGCGCAGACCACCGACGCCAACGGGAACAACCAGACGACAUCGGCGGGUUCGAACGACGGGAGCGCGCAGCCGAAGUCGCGCCACUCCUUCGGCUUUGGAAGCAGCAAGCAUAAGAAAAUCACACGUUCUCAGACUGAAGAUUUUGACAAAGCGCCAGCCUCCUCUUCCUCUACGACCAAUCGUAAUGUGUUCAUCAACUGCCUCAGCGGAUCCGUUGCCAACGAGGGCGACGAUUCGGGCUUUAUCGAAGACUACAGCGGCGGGAGCAGGCGCUCCUCACGUCACAAGAAGCAGCUGCUGCCCAAAUCUCUCUCGUCUCACCACCGCUUCUCUCGGCCCAACUCCGAUCACCAUAAGCUGCCGGAGGACAACCUGGAAUGCCCGAGCCUCAACACCACCACAACCAUAAAGGCAGGGGGCCUCACCCCGGGGUCGUGGCCGGGUGACAUCGCCAUGGAGAGCUCCCUCCAGUCGCCCAUGGUAUCAGAAGACCGGACCACGGCCAUCACCCCUUCUGAGUUCGUCCCCAUCACAGAGGACUCUGGCUCUGAGGUUGAAGCCCUGCCAGCUCCGAGCCCCCGACCCACCUUUGUGUCUGGACCGGCCACUGCUCCAUCUGAGGGUCCACCUGCCCCACAGACCUUCAGCGGGACUGUCUCUUCCUCACAGGUUUUCUUCACACCGGCCGAAUCCAGCAAAGAAAAACCCUUACUCCCCGACACGAGCACAGGCAACAACACCGACUACGAGACGGCCAUCUCCCUCUCGGAACCGGAGACCGCCGUGCCCUGCGUGCCGCCGCAGGAACAAUUGCCGGACGAGAUGAAGGAGAGAGCGGAAGAACGGGAGCAAGCCCGGAAUGAGACCUCGGCAGCGGCGGCGACAGGAAAGAAUCCUACGGGGGACAAGAAGGCAGGAUGUCGUGUGGAGACCACCUGCGAGAGUGAAGCAGGAGUGUUGUCGCUGAGCGAGGCUUGCCACUCCUACCCGGAGCAGGCAGAGAGGAGGACGAGAAACACGCUGUUGGUUCAGGAGAGAGGAAGUUUUUGUGGCUACCAUGAACCCAGGUCUUGUCACCUGAGGAAGCCACACACAGCCUCCCUGUGUAGCAGUGUUAGCCCCUACCACGAGGUGAUGCGCUUGGAGAGACGACUGCGCUCCUCCUCCGAAGGGGCCGGCGGUCCUCGUGUCCACGGGAACGCCCCGGGCGUGGAGGGGUGCAGUCUGCUGAAACACAGGAACAACUCGUCGUCGUCCAAACUGGGAAGUCUGGAGGUCCUAAACAAUUUGGGCUCCUCUGAACUGGAUGAAGAUGAUCUCAUGUUGGAUCUGGACCUGUCUGACGAUCAGCGCCAUCGUCACGUUUCUAGAGAAGACUCCAGUCAGUCCUUGGCUUCCUGUCUCAACCUGCUACCAUCAUCUAUCGACCCAUCAGGAGAUCGCAUCCUCGGAAAAGACUACUUUCACAGGGAGCCCCGACGUCCGACCAGCUUGCUGCCCGCUGACAGCAGUAACUCAGCUAUGCUCUCGGGGAAGGAUGAUGAGCACCUACCUUCAGGGGCGGAGACCCUGCCGCUGCGACUGAUGCAGCAGGACUGCACUGCCGUCAAAACUCUUCUUUUAAGACUGAGGCACACCCUGCAGGAGAGUACAGAAACAAGUCCUGCCAGCAGUCUUCAGUCUCUACCCAUAAGCCCUUGCAGUGAGAAAUCCCUCCCAUUUAAGGAUUGGAGCAGAGAAGAGGCGUUGCUGCAGCAGCUGAAGGAGAAAGACGAGCUGAUUCUCAGACUUCAAAGUGAACUGGAGAGCGCCAAAGCUGCCCUGAAGAUGAAAGACGGCCAUGCGACCGACCGCGCUACACAGACGGAACACAUGGGACCGGAGGCCAACAACCAUGCAGGCCGGUGGUCCGGAUCAGGCAGCAGCAGCCUGGCACAAAAGGAGCGAAGGGUGGCACGGGCCGGGGCGCCGCCCCCCCAGCCACCCGCAGGGGACCUCACUAGCGCGCACCCCCCUCGCUACGCGCACAGUGAGCCUCCCGCCUCUGCCAGGGACGAGACACCUCCGGCCCUUCCACGCGCAAACCCGUGGCCCGCAGUUCCAUCCUUCACCUCCAGGGUGUCCUCCUCGUCCGAGUCCCUCACCCCAGGAGGCAGCACGGGGCCGCGCAGGGGCGAGCAUCACCCACCCAGCCACAUCCCCCGUGCGUUCGGCAGCCGGUCCUCCUCCUCCUCUUCCUCCUCCGCCUCCUCCUCGUCAUCCUCCUCCCCGUUCACGGGGCGUUUAGGGCAGCCGCCCCGAGGCCCGCUGUCCCUGCACAGCUUCUCCCGCAAAAACGUCUUCCUCCAGCACUCUCUGCACACCGCCGAGCUGCAGGCGCUCACCCAGAGAGACACUUGAGGCCAGGCCCCCGUCGCCACAACACUCACCAGCCGCCACGCUGCUCUUUUUUCGGCGCCCGAACAUCCGACGCUGUAUAUUUCGACAUUUCCCUCGCAUGCAAACGGCGCCAUUUUAGACCGUUCCUCACGCCCACAGGAGUGUGCACAACCAAUACUCUCAUUGCCGGUGUUUUUGAAUUGAUUUGUUUCUCUGACCGUUUGCUGCUGGGAGCCACUGACUGCUGAUUUGUGCUUCGCAGGAAGAUUGUCACGUUGUCAAACUGCUCGUUCAUCCCUGCUCACCCUCCUCCACCGAGACCGUCCUUCAUCCUGUAUGUAUAAAGGACACAGGUGAGCGCUGAAUAUCUGGGCCGUUCCACCGAAUACUUUUGAUCACCCUCCAAAUUAAAUAAAUACAGUCAAAAAAGGUAAUAAUUUUUUCAACUCUAAAUCGGAUGAUGCACAUUUUCCUAUGGCGAAAAGGACUCAUUUGAGUAACACACUGCAAAAAGUCAGUGUUCAAAAAUAAGAAAAAAAUAAUAAUAAAAAUGAGGGGUAUUUUAUUUGAACUUAGCAAAAUUAUCUGCCAACAGAACAAGACGAUUUGGCUUGUCAAGACUUUCCAAAACAAUAAAAAAAAAGGUGUAUUUUAUUUAAACUAAGCAAAAUUAUCUGCCAAUAAAACAAAAACAUUUGGCUUGUCAAGACUUUCCAAAACAAUAAUAAAAAAAAAAUAGGGAUAUUUUAUUUAAACUAAGCAAAAUUAUCUGCCAAUAGAACAAGAAAAUCCAGCUUGUCAAUACUUUCCAAAACAAUUUGAAAAAAUGAAAAAAAUUAGGGGUAUUUUAUUUAAACUAAGCAAAAUUAUCUUCCAAUAGAACCAGAAAAUUAGGGUUGUCAAGACUUUCCAAAACAAUAAAAAAAAAAAAAAAAGAGGGGUAUUUUAUUUGAACUAAGCAAAAUUAUCUGCCAUCAGAACAAGAAAAUUCGGCUUGUCAAGACUUUCCAAAACAAGUAAAA